AUGCACGAUCUAAGCGCUGUCAUCCACACAAAACAUCUGGACCAUAUCCUCGACAUCAACACGUCCAGUGGGUUUGCCAUGGUGGGACCCAAUGUUGCCAUGAAAAAGCUCGUCAGAACAUACAUUGAAACAUGGCAUGAUACCGGUAGUGGUACCGUCUUUCCCAGGUACGACAAGUCCCUUGGAGCAAUCGGAAUUUCCAAGGCCCUUCGAAUCAUGCUUAUGCCUGCUUUGAAGUGGGUUGAGCUUAACUGCAUACCUGUCCGAGAUGCUGGCGCCGCUAUGGAAACUCUCGGCCAGCUUGCACAAGAUCCCAAGAAAGGUGUCUUAGAAGCACUGAUCUACGGACCUGAGGCACAGCCAUACGUUGCCACAGCUGUCGGGAAGCUUACUACGGCCAGCAACCAUUCUCAAGCCAUAUUCAGUACUCCAGAUAAGGAGUGGUUCUACGAGCAUUCCCAUCAUGCAAGCGAGAGUACAGAAAGCACCCCAGUCACCGAUACUACCUCGUCCGUACACGAUCUCAUUGUUCCUCAAGAUCCGACAUCGGAUAUGCUCGAGUACCGGUAUCUCGGCAGCAACUUGAAGAUACAUCCUCUACCUUUGUCUCCUGUUCGUCAAUGGCCGGAAAACCGCGCCAGUACGUUCGGAGAGACGCAUCGCCAGACCGAACAAUCAUUACACCGGCUCGGCGGUUUCAAGCGGCUCUAUUCGCGCAACUACUACGCCGAGGAAGAGUUCUGGCAGAAAUAUCCCAAGGAGGAAUACGAUCAGCUGAGAGUCAAGUAUCACGCGGAGUUGCCUCUGUGGAAGAAGAGCGAGGCGCCUGCGCGAAAAACAGGUUUGCCAAAGCAGAAGAGUUUUUGGGAUCGAUUAUUCGCAAGGACGGGAGUAGUGGCUAUGAAUCACGCGCAGGGCUAUGUGUGAGAGUAGAGUAGAACAAUGUAGAGCACGAGUCCGAUCGCGUUCAUGUAGUCUUAAUAGGUGAUCUACGCAGGGGCAUAUGAAGCGAGGG